UGAAACCUUGGGUGGCCUUCAGAAGAGAACACAGUAAACACCAGAAGGUGAGUAUUUCCCAAAUUCUGUUGACAACAAAAUUUUCCUCACGGAUAGAAAUGCAGGCAACAUCCAGGGUGCCAUUAAGCAAGGAAUAUAGUUUGAAGGAAUUGUCAGGAACAGCAAAUUGGAUGACUGCAAAUGACUCAGAGCAUGCCCAGAAACCAGUGUCCCCUCCUGGAGAAGCAUGUGUCUUUGAAAAGCACACUAGACAAAAAUUGGAACUCGGGAGAAAGGAGAUGGACAUGAAGGUGUACAUCCUACAAGAAAGAAAGGGCCAUGUGUACCAAGAGGUCAACGAGCCCCAGGAUGAUGACUCCCUUUAUUGUGAGAAGUGUCAGAACUUCUUCAUCAACAGCUGUGCUGUGCAUGGGCCCCCUACAUUUGUGAAGGACACUGCAGUGGACAAGGGGCAUCCCCACCGCUCAGCCCUCACCCUGCCCCCUGGAUUGAGAAUCGGGCCAUCAGGCAUCCCUGAGGCUGGGCUUGGAGUGUGGAAUGAGGCAGCUGACUUGCCAGUGGGUCUGCACUUUGGCCCUUAUGAAGGACACAUCACAGAGGAUGGAGAGGCAGCCAAGAGCAGAUACUCCUGGCUGAUCGCCAAAGGGAGAAACUGCUAUGAGUAUGUGGAUGGAAAGGACAGAUCCUGGGCCAACUGGAUGAGGUAUGUGAACUGUGCCCGGGAUGAUGAAGAACAGAACCUGGUGGCCUUUCAAUACCACGGGCAGAUUUUCUACCGAACCUGCCGGGUCAUCAGGCCGGGCUGUGAGCUGCUGGUCUGGUUCGGGGACGAGUAUGGCCAGGAGCUGGGCAGCAAGUGGGGCAGCAAGUGGAAAACAGAGCUUGCGGCCAGGAGAGCAGAACCAAAGCCAGAGGUCCACCCAUGUCCAUCCUGCUCUCUGGCCUUCUCCAGUCAGAAAUUCCUCAGCCAGCACAUGAAACUCAGUCAUCCCUCUCAGAUUCUCCCGGGAACAUCUGCAAGAAAACACCUCCAAGCAGAGGAACCCUGUCCAGAGGAUCAGAAUCAGCAGCAGCAACAUAGUAGUACACACAGCUGGAAGGAUAAAGCUGAAGGUCAGGAAUCCAAAGAAAGGUUUCAAAUGAAGUUAAAGACAAGUCAUGGCAUCAACCACAACCCCAACCCCUAACCCUAACCCCAAACCAUGCCACACACCAGACACUGGACUGCGUGUCCGAAGCCUGUCCCUGACUCCAGAUGCCUGGCUCUGGACAUCAUGCUCCAGAGAACAGUCUGUCCUCCUAUUUAAACCUGUAAACCUUUGAAAUAUAAACAUCUAAUGUCUAAAAAUAUAAAGCAGGUUUCUGUAAAAAAAAGGUAUAUUAAAUCAAGCAAAUUAAAUGAUGCCACGAUGACGCAUAUUAGACAUGAGAUGCAUGAGGCUGCUGUUGGCAUAUCAUAGCAUACUCUUCCAAAGCAAAAUCGAUGAAAGUAAAUGAGUAAAUGUGGUAUCCUCCUGAUUAAAAAAUUCUGAAUCACAGGAGAAGGUAUUCCCAGAGUAAGAAGACCACCCAUGGAACUGAAGAAAAUGGUUGCAUAUCAUACUCUCGAUAAGACUCUUGUUACCACAUCAAAGAACCGUAUAACUCAUCAAUGGAGAGAUAUCUAUAUUUUUAAAGAACUUGAAUAGUCCCUUGUAGAGAGAAUAUGUACGUAUAAGUGGUAAAAAAAA